UAAACGUUCCUCUUGCCUAACUGUAAGCCUUCUAUAUAACAGGCCGACUUUCCCCCCGAUGCUCCGCAUUUACUCUUUCUUUUCUCACUGGUAAUUUGGUGGACAUGAAGCGGGUGAGCAGGGGCAAACAAGUAUAAUAUCAGCAGACUACAAUGGGAAAGCACAACUUUGGGCGUCUUGUUGCCAUACUCAUAUCUGUUGGUGUCUUUGCAAUAAGCCUGGUUUUCAAUGGGCUGUCUGUGGUUGGAGUUGGUCCAUAUACAACAACCACGAGCAAUGUGUCGGCAGUGUAUGACACUGAGAUCACCCCUUCAGGCUGGACCUUCAACAUCUGGAUUGUCAUCUAUAUCUGGCUGGUGGCAAUGAUUGUCUACAUUGUUUCCGGUCUUUGCAGAAGAAAUGGUUAUGGAUAUGUCUACUGCAGCCCUGCAGUGUUACCCUAUGGAUUCUUCAUCAGCUGGUGUCUCAAUCAGGGAUUUAAUAUUUCUUGGCUUCUUGUUUGGGACAGAGGACUGAUGAUUCCUGCACUCAUUUUCCUUAUCCUGAUCAUCUCUACAAACUACUCCAUGGUUUGCUUCAUCUGUCAUGGACUUCACAUUUAUGGACCCUGGCUGAAUAAGAACAGCAAAGUGGACCUGUGGCUCAUUCGUGUGCUGGUUCUUAAUGGUGUGAUGAUAUACACAACAUGGACAACCAUUGCAAUGUUCCUCAACCUGACAAUCGUGCUGAAAUAUGAAGCCAACAUGUCCUCGGCAGACUCAGCCACACUCUCAUACUCUCUUUUGACUGUUGUACUGCUUGCAUGGUUCAUUGUGGAAAACUUUGUCCUGGACAAGUAUCUGCGGUAUGUUUUUAUUCCCUACGUUGUUGUGAUCUGGGCUCUGACUGGAAACCUGGACAAGAAUUAUGACACCUCCUCACCCAGCCGCAAUGGCAUCUUCAUUGCCGUCCUGCUGGCUGGAUCCGGUGUGAUGCUCGCCAUUCGGAUAGUUUUAGUGGUAUGGAGAGACGUCAAGCAGCCACUCUUCGAAGACGCUGCUCCUGAAACCAUGGAAGUGUCAGAAAUUGCUGAGAAGCAGAAAAAGAUAUUUUGUUGAGAUUUCUGUGU